ACGUCAUCCUCUGCGCCGAUUUUCUGCAUGUUGUGGUGCUGCAGGACAGCAUGAGUAUUUGAAUUUUUAGAUUUCCGGUGUGUGGGUAAAUUGCACUUCUUUAAUAGUUAAACUGUGUGCCUUUUAAGUGAUAGCUAAUUCGACAUGCAUAGGCGAACUUCAGGGAAUAUUACAAGUUUGAAUAAAGGUGGCAAUGUGAAACAGACUGUAAUAAGCAAAUUCUUUUUGCCCCAAAAAGCAAGCACCACGGAUCCCAGAGAGAGCAAAGAGUUUGUCCAGGAGGAUUUCACCGAGAAGGUUAGUGAACCCAGUAAAAAAAAGAGGGUUUCUGUGAAACUUGGAGAGAUAACCGUGAAGAAGAAAAAGACACCGUUGCAUUGUGAAGAAGAGCAGAGUGCUGCAUUACUGGACAAAAGCACUGAAAAGCAUGUGAAGUCCACAGGACCCAGGAUAUCUUCAGCUACCCUAGACAAACUACGUGGCUUCAGUAAUGAGCAAGUAAUUUCAGGCAGCAGAGAAAUAUGCAGUAACUUUAGCGACCUACCCGAGAGUUUGCCAUCUUGCAUUUCUGUCCCCUCUAAUGACUCUGGCAACAUAGAUCUGGAUGACUCCAUUUGUGAAAAACUGUCUGGCUCCCAGACUACAACUCAAUUGCCUUUAAAAGGAAAUGUAACCCAUGAUUUUGCACUGUGUAAAGGAAAUGGAGGCUGUAAAAAAGAUUCUGCCGAUGCAAGUGUAACUAACAAGCGGACUAAGAGCAUUUAUACACCACUUGAGCUGCAGUACAUGGAAAUCAAACAGCAUCAUCAAGAUGUCCUGCUCUGUGUGGAAUGCGGCUACAAGUACCGUUUCUUUGGGGAGGAUGCUGAGAUUGCAGCCCGGGAGCUUAAUAUCUACUGUCACCUUGACCACAACUUUAUGACGGCCAGCAUACCAACUCACAGGCUAUUUGUUCACGUGCGGCGACUGGUAGCUAAAGGAUAUAAGGUUGGAGUUGUUAAACAGACUGAGACUGCUGCAUUGAAAGCUAUUGGAGAGAACAAAAGUGCACUCUUCACCAGGAAGCUGACAGCACUGUAUACCAAAUCAACACUUAUUGGCGAAGAUGUGAACACGUUGCUAAAUGUAACUGAUGAUAAUACAGAUGUAGAAGAUAUAACAAUAGAUGACUCCAGCAACUGUCUUCUGUGUAUUUGUGAAUCCAAGGAAACUGUCAAGGACAAGAAGAAAGAGCAAAUCCACAUAGGCUUGGUGGCAGUGCAGCCAGUGACUGGUGAUGUGGUGUUUGAUAGCUUUCUGGAUUCCAAGUCACGUUCCGAGCUGGAGAGUCGAAUUUUACACCUACAGCCUGUUGAAAUCUUAUUGCCAUCAGACUUGUCUGAACAGUCAGAAAAACUCAUCAGGAGCAUCACUUCUGCUAGUGCGAGGGAUGAAGAUCGGAUCCGUGUUGAGAGAGUGGAGAGUAUUCAUUUUGAAUACAGUCAUGCAUUUCGGCUAGUGUCUGAGUUUUAUGCUGGAAAAGCAUCUGAAUGCUCAGGUUCCCAGCAGUUGUCUAGAAUACUGAGUUUGGAAAAGUCUGUUAUUUGCUGUCUGUCUGCACUUAUCAGGUACCUUAAAGAGUUCAGUCUAGAGAGAAUACUUGCCAACAGCAGCACCUUCAAACAGUUUUCCAAUGAAACUGAAUGCAUGACUCUGAGUGGCACAACACUGAAGAACCUUGAAAUCCUGGAAACUCAGUCCGGUGACAAGAAAGGAAGCUUGCUGUGGGUCUUAGAUCAUACCCAGACUUCCUUUGGAAGAAGAUUGUUGAAACAGUGGGUAACACAACCACUGAAAAAAACAAGUGAAAUCAAUGCUCGAUUGGAUGCUGUAUCAGAAGUUCUUAAAGCAGAAUCAUGUGUUUUAGUCCAGAUACAAAACCUGUUGUACAAACUGCCUGAUUUAGAACGGGGACUCUGUAGCAUAUAUCAUAAGAAGUGUUCUACCCAGCAGUUUUUCAUACUUGUAAGUGCCUUUUCUCGCUUAGAGGCAGAAUUCCGGUCACUGGUUCCUGCAAUACUGGCUCAGGUUCGGUCAGAGCUGCUUCAGAAUGUCUUUCUGGAAAUUCCACAGCUGUUGGAAACGGCACAGCACUAUUUAAAGAUACUAAAUGAAAAAGCAGCCAAAACAGGAGAUAAAACACAAUUAUUUCUGGACCUCACAGCCUUUCCUGUAAUUCAGCAGAGAAAAUUGGACAUCCUACAGAUUAUAUCAGAGAUCCUGGAACACCUACAGGAAAUAAAAAUGGUGCUCAAGAAACCUAGUCAGGAUUAUGUUACAGUAUCUGGACAAGAGUUUUUGAUAGAAGUUAAGAACUCACAGCUUUCAGAAGUACCAGCUGACUGGAUAAAGAUUAGCAGCACAAAAGCAGUCAGCCGCUUCCACACUCCUUUCAUCGCUGAGAGGUGUAGACGACUGAGUCAGCUCCGAGAGCAGCUAGUCCUUGACUGCAACACUGAAUGGCUUAAUUUUUUGCAUCAUUUUGGUGAGCACUACCAUACAUUACGUACAGCAGCAUGUCACCUAGCAACUAUAGACUGCAUCUUUUCAUUGGCGGAAGUUGCUAAGCAAGAGGGCUACUGCAGGCCGAUAGUGCAGAAAGAACGACAAAUAAUGAUACAGAAUGGGAGGCAUCCUGUAAUUGAUUUGCUAAUGGAAAAACAGGACCAGUAUGUUCCAAACAGCACUGAUCUAAAAGAAUUUGGAGAAAGGGUUAUGAUCAUCACAGGACCUAACAUGGGAGGAAAGAGCUCUUACAUUAGACAGGUAGCACUGAUCACCAUUAUGGCACAUAUUGGGUCUUACGUUCCUGCUGAUGAAGCUGUCAUUGGAAUUGUGGAUGGAAUUUAUACCAGGAUGGGAGCCUCAGACAAUAUUUAUAAAGGUCGCAGUACUUUUAUGGAGGAGCUGACAGAAGCAGCAGAAAUCAUUAGAAAAGCAACUUUCCGUUCACUAGUAAUCCUGGAUGAACUAGGCAGAGGUACCAGCACACAUGAUGGCACUGCAAUAGCCUAUGCUACGCUGCAGUAUUUUGUAAGAGAUGUGAAAUCGUUUACACUGUUUGUGACACAUUAUCCUUUGGUAUGUGAACUGGAAAAGCUGUACCCCAAUCAGAUUGGCAACUACCACAUGGCAUUUCUCCUGACUGAAGGAACUGAAGGAGACGAAGAGGGUGAUGUGUCUUCUCCUGAAUUCCUCACAUUCCUGUACCAGCUGACAAGAGGGGCAGCUGCUCGGAGCUACGGACUAAAUGUUGCCAGACUGGCAGACAUUCCUGAAGAAGUUCUGAGGCUGGCAGUUCAAAAGUCACAGGAACUUGAGGGGCUAACAAACACAAAGAGAAAAAUGGUGCAAUCAUUUUGUGAGGCAUGGACCACAACUGAGGUAAAUGAUGUAACCAGCUGGAUGGCUCGCACAGAAACAACUGCUGGGAACCAAGACUGAGGUGGCCUACUCAGCAUUUCAUGCUGUUCUGCUUUGUAAAGGCCUGCUAAAAUAAUGAAGAAGAUGGAGUUAGACUUGUCGCAAAACUGAGGAAAUUUAUAUCUUAAAUGUAUGGAAUCUUACUGGUGUCAUAGAGAGGCUUUAUACAGCAGAUACUGUUCUAAAAAAGUGUACAUGGGCAGUAAUUUAUGUACAUUUAUAUACUGCACAAACAUUUUUUAAGAAAACACGUCAUCAUGUCAGAAUGAAAUGUUUAUUUUUCGUACAGUUUUUUUUCUUUCAUUCUGUUUAUUACAGAAAGUGCGACAUCUGAAAACUGAUUAUCUUGGUUUUACAGAUAACUGGCUUGAUUAUUGCAUCCGCAUGGUUAUUGCUUCCUUUUUGCAGUAUUGUACCAACAGUGUUUUAUAAGUAUGAUUAUAAUGUCAGAAAAUGCUUUUAAUCUUGCAUACUAUAACUUGCAGUGUAGAUUUUCCACAUGAACACAUUUAUUCGGUGAAGAUGAUUAUAAUCACUGAACUGAAUAAUGAAUUUUGUUUGCUAAUAAAUUCUAAGUAAAUAUUUAA